AUGUCCCCAGUGUUCGGCGUGUGCCCGCGCAGGGCCAUGUCCUUUGAGACGAAACGACCCAGCAAGGAGAUGCAGGUGACGAUCGCGCGCCAGCUGGGUCUGGAGCCCUCCACCGUCGGCAACUUCUUCAUGAACGCCCGCCGCCGGUCUAUGGACAAGUGGAAGGACGACAAUGAGGGCGGGUCCAAGAUGUGUGGCUUGGCACCAGGGGGCACGGUCGUCCACAUGGCCCAGAUGCCACAGAUGAGCGGCCAAACCAAUGCCAUGGUAGGAGGAGACUCCGCCAGCGGCCGUCGGGAGGAGACUCCGCCAGCGGCCGUCGGAGAGGAGACUCCGCCAGCGGCCGUCGGAGAGGAGACUCCGCCAGCGGCCGUCGGGGAGGAGACUCCGCCAGCGGCCGUCGGGGAGGAGACUCCGUCAGCGGCCGUCGGAGAGGAGACUCCGUCAGCGGCCGUCGGAGAGGAGACUCCGUCAGCGGCCGUCGGGGAGGAGACUCCGUCAGCGGCCGUCGGGGAGGAGACUCCGUCAGCGGCCGUCGGGGAGGAGACUCCGCCAGCGGCCGUCGGGGAGGAGACUCCGCCAGCGGCCGUCGGGGAGGAGACUCCGCCAGCGGCCGUCGGGGAGGAGACUCCGCCAGCGGCCGUCGGGGAGGAGACUCCGCCAGCGGCCGUCGGGGAGGAGACUCCGCCAGCGGCCGUCGGGGAGGAGACUCCGCCAGCGGCCGUCGGGGAGGAGACUCCGCCAGCGGCCGUCGGAGAGGAGACUCCGCCAGCGGCCGUCGGAGAGGAGACUCCGCCAGCGGCCGUCGGGGAGGAGACUCCGCCAGCGGCCGUCGGAGAGGAGACUCCGCCAGCGGCCGUCGGAGAGGAGACUCCGCCAGCGGCCGUCGGAGAGGAGACUCCACCAGCGGCCGUCGGAGAGGAGACUCCGCCAGCGGCCGUCGGAGAGGAGACUCCGCCAGCGGCCGUCGGAGAGGAGACUCCGCCAGCGGCCGUCGGGGAGGAGACUCCGUCAGCGGCCGUCGGGGAGGAGACUCCGCCAGCGGCCGUCGGGGAGGAGACUCCGCCAGCGGCCGUCGGAGAGGAGACUCCGCCAGCGGCCGUCGGAGAGGAGACUCCGCCAGCGGCCGUCGGAGAGGAGACUCCGCCAGCGGCCGUCGGAGAGGAGACUCCGCCAGCGGCCGUCGGAGAGGAGACUCCGCCAGCGGCCGUCGGAGAGGAGACUCCGCCAGCGGCCGUCGGGGAGGAGACUCCGCCAGCGGCCGUCGGGGAGGAGACUCCGCCAGCGGCCGUCGGAGAGGAGACUCCGCCAGCGGCCGUCGGAGAGGAGACUCCGCCAGCGGCCCGCCGCCUCCAGCACCUCUGGACUGCCGGGGCAACAAUACCAAACUUUAUAAUUAUGUUACAUUUAUAUUCAUGUGCUGUAAGAGAUAAUGUUUCAAUUAUUUUUAUAAAGGCUGAAGAUGAAGUUUAA